AUUUGGUGAUAACGCGAACGCCGUCCAAAACGACCGCUUCACGAGUUGGCGCUCUCUGGCUUCCCCCCGUGCACCCAGACCAACUUGCAUUACGAAUUUGCAACACAAAUCAGCACUUCAGCGAACCAAGCAAUGGCCGACACAAAGGAGAACUACAACGAGGCGGAUAACAGCGAGGUGGAAGCUGCGCCACAGGGCGAUCUAGUCAUUCCAAGACCAUGCCCAAUAUGCGGGGUGACUAUCAACGGGAAAGCCGCCCUGGUGGAAAUCCCCCACUUCAAGGAGGUGGCCCACCUGACACUGGACUGCGGGAACUGCGGGAACAAGACGGAGUCGUAUAAGAGCGGGCAUAGGGUGGAAGACAAGGGGACGAAGAUGACCUUGAAGAUGGAGAGCAAGAGGGAUUUUGAAAGGCUGGUUUUGAAGGGAGAGCACUGCACAAUGGAGAUCCCAUCCCUCGGCCUCGAGGUGCCACCAGAGGCCUUGCCAGCACGCUACAUGAGUAUCGCCGACUUCUUGCACCAGACCUUGACGGACGUGCUCCGACACGCUCAAGCAACAGGACGUGGGGGAAACAGCGACCUGAAGCAAUGGGUGCAAAAGAUGAUGGCUUUUAUGGACGGCGAUAUGUUGCCGGCCACGUUGAUUCUGACCGACCCGGCAGGGAACACCUACUUGGAGAGCUUCUCGGCCCCUGAGAAAGACGCCACAAUCGAAACGGAAGAAUAUGAGCGAAGCGUCGCGGACAACAAACGAGUCAAUGCGUCGUAUGAUAGCCCAUUUGCAUAGGAGAUAAGCCCCGCGAGAUGUAUUUAUCAGCAUGUAGUCCUAGCCCACGCCGUCAUCACGCGGCGGGAAGGUGGAUUGGCGUCCCGUUGCCAGCAGUAGCGCAUAUCGCAAGUAUAUACACAGCGUUUAGCUUAGUGUUAAAGCAUGGAAAUAUUGAUUCAUUCUACCUUCUGAUUCACUGUACGAACAUGAGAUGUAGCUUGACUUUGGGAUGCGACUCAGCUAUAGCCGGCGAGCCCCUGCCCCAAGUCACGAUUGCUUGAGACCAGCUUGGAAUAGGGGCAGGCUCGCAAUUCACUCUUCACGUCACGAUCGCUUGAGACCAGCUUGGAAUAGG